CGGUGCCUGACGGGCUCGGUGGCCGCCGGGCUGCGAUGCGGGCCCCGGGCCCUGCCGGCAGGCGGCCCCCGCCGUGACCCGCGGUGGCUCGGGCUGUGGCGGGCAAACCGGCCGGCUCGGGCUGCAUGGAGGCACCCGCCGCCGGCGCGGAGGUGUGAAUCCCCGAGGAGACCGCGGCUCCCUCCCGCCCAGCGCCGCCGCCACCCUCCUCACGGGAGCCCGGCGGCGGCAGCGGGACCCCGGCGGCGGCGGCAUCGCCCCCGCGGCGGCGGCCCUGAGCCAUGAAGAAGUUUUUCGACUCGCGGCGGGAGCAGGGCGGCUCGGGCCCGGGCUCGGGCGCCAGCGGCGGUGGCGGCGGCAGCGGCGGCCCCGGCAGCGGCUACAUCGGGCGGGUGUUCAGCAUCGGCCGCUGCCAGGUGACGGUGGACGAGGUGCUGGCCGAAGGUGGAUUUGCAAUAGUGUUUCUUGUAAGGACUAAUAAUGGAGUGAAAUGUGCCCUGAAACGGAUGUAUGUUAAUAACGAGUACGACUUGCAAGUCUGCAAAAGAGAAAUCCAAAUCAUGCGAGAUCUGUCAGGCCACAAGAAUAUUGUUGGAUACAUCGACUCCAGUAUAAACUCAGUAAGCAGCGGUGACGUGUGGGAAGUGCUGAUACUAAUGGACUUCUGCCGAGGAGGUCAAGUGGUGAACCUCAUGAACCAACGCCUGCAAACGGGGUUCACAGAGAAUGAGGUUCUGCAGAUCUUCUGUGACACCUGUGAAGCUGUAGCGAGAUUGCACCAGUGUAAGACACCAAUAAUCCACAGGGAUCUGAAGGUUGAAAAUAUCCUGCUGCAUGAUCGUGGCCACUAUGUCCUGUGUGACUUUGGAAGUGCUACUAACAAAUUCCAGAACCCUCAGACAGAAGGGGUGAAUGCAGUAGAAGAGGAGAUCAAAAAGUACACUACGUUGUCCUACAGAGCACCAGAAAUGGUCAACUUGUAUAGUGGCAAACUUAUUACUACAAAAGCAGACAUAUGGGCCCUUGGCUGUUUGCUGUACAAGCUGUGUUACUUCACGUUGCCGUUUGGGGAGAGUCAGGUAGCAAUCUGCGAUGGCAAUUUCACCAUUCCAGAUAAUUCUCGGCAUUCGCAAGACAUGCACUGCCUCAUCCGGUAUAUGCUUGAGCCAGACCCUGAUAAGAGACCUGAUAUUUACCAAGUUUCCUACUUUGCAUUCAGAUUGGCAAAGAAGGAGUGCCCUGUCCAAAAUGUCCAGAACUCUCCAAUCCCCGCUAAGCUCCCAGACCCGGUCAAAGCAAGUGAAGCUGCAGCAAAGAAGAGCCAACCAAAGGCCAGGCUGACAGACCCUAUACCUACGACGGAAACUUCCAUAGCACCCCGCCAGAGACCUAAAGCAGGACAGACACAACCCAACCCUGGAAUUCUACCCAUUCAGCCAGCCCUGACUCCUAGGAAGAGGCCCACAGCCCAAGCAGCCAUUCAGCCACAGGUUGCAGGACCUGCUGCCCUGGGCAGCAGCCAGCCUUCGCUCCCUGCGAGUGUCCCCCAGCCAAAAGCGACGCCUCAACAGACACCGGCACAACCGCAGGCCAAGCAGGCGCCGGCUCCGCAGCAGGCCUCGCAGGCGCAGUCCCAGGUCCCUUCUGCUCAGCCGCAAGCCACACCUCAGCAUCAGCAGCAGCUUUUCUUGAAACAGCAACUACUGCAGCAGCAGCAACAGGCUGCAUAUUACCAGCAGCAGCAGAUACUGCAAGCUCAGCAGUUCCCAGUGAUGCAGCAAGGAGCGCCAGCACAGCAGCAACUGAUGCAGAACUACUACCAGCAACAGCAGCAGAUGGCCCAGCAGGCAGCAAUGCAGCAGAAGACAGCAGUAGCAGCAGCUCAGCAGAAGCAACAGGCCCCAGCACCGCCACAGCCCCAGGCCCAGCAGGGUGCAGCCCAGCCAGCACCUCCGCAGGAGCAAGUGAUGCAGGCCCAAAUAAGGCAACAGCAGAAACCUCAAACUACACCCCCCACGGCCGUGCAAGGGCAGAAGCUGGGCUCUCUCACCCCUCCGUCGUCGCCCAAGACGCAGCGUGCAGGACACAGGAGGAUUCUGAGCGAUGUGACGCACAGUGCUGUUUUUGGGGUUCCAGCCAGCAAGUCUACCCAGCUUCUGCAGGCAGCUGCUGCUGAAGCCAGUCUCAACAAGUCAAAGUCUGCUUCCACUACACCCUCGGGUUCCCCAAGGACCUCACAGCAGAACGUGUAUAACCCUCCCGAUGUAUCCGCGUGGAAUCCAUUUGAUGAUGACAACUUCUCCAAGCUCACAGCUGAGGAGCUGCUGAACAAGGACUUCGCAAAGCUGGGUGAUGGGAAAGCUCCAGAAAAGAUGGGCAGUUCCACAGAGAGCCUGAUUCCAGGUUUUCAGCCAGCUUCAGCUGCACCCCAGGCAGAUGCAUUUGGCUCUUCUUUCACCGCUGGAUCAGCUGAAAAAACGAAAGACAUUCUGAGUUUGGACACUAGCCCUCCUCUUCUGACUGUGCCUGAUCCUUUCAUUCCUCUCCCAUUAUCCGACACGCCAGAAAAACUGAUUGAGGGACUCAAAUCUCCUGAGACUGCGCUUCUGCUCCCUGAUAUCCUGCCUCUCGCUGACCCCUUCGGUAGCACCUCAGAUGCUGUGAAUGGAAAACCUGACGUAGCUGUUGAGAGUCUCAUACCGGGCCUCGAGGCUCCGUUGCCCCAACGCCUUGUGUCACAGACUGAGUCAGUUGCUUCCAACAGAACAGGUCUGCAGAGGGAUCCAGCCCUAUUUCCGGUUGUAGCUCUUGAGCUCUGUAAAGGGCACUCUGGCAGUGAUGGACUCCCUUCGUACAAGGGUCAGUCUGAGACGCUGGAGGUGAAAACUCAGCGCAACUCUGACUUGGACUAUUUAGCAAGAGAUGGUCCUUCAAGCAACAGCUCCUUCCAUAGCAGUGAAGGAGAGGGGACAGAUCACGAAGGAGAUAUUUUGGAUUGUAGUGGGUCCAGGCCUUUGCUGAUGGAUUCAGAAGAGGAGGAGGAAACCUGCAAGUUGCAGUCUGUGCCGAAGGAAAGACGUGAGGCUUCCAAAGAAGACUCCCGCUCCCAGUCUUCCAAGAAUAUAAUAGGGGAGACGCUAUUCCCUGCCUUCCAGCUGCACACCGGUGAGGUUUUUAAUGAACCGGAUGUUUUUGCCACGGCCCCUUUCCGAAGCUCGAGAAAAGUGCUUGAGGAGGUGGAUGUCUUUACCAAAGCUCCUUUCAUCUCCAAGGGCAAUAUGACUCUUAAACACCCAGAAGAGACGGAUGUAUUUCUGAGAGCGCCUUUCACUAAAAGGAAAAGCAUGGAAGAGUUGACUUCUCACAGUGUUCUUAAGGAACCAUUCACAUCACCUGUUUUUGUAAGCCAGAUGGGCGAUGUCCAGCAUGUGAUUAAUCCUAUGUUCCAAAGCCUGGAUGCAGCAAUGCAUGGGUCCACUGCCUCAGCUAGAUCUCAGUAUCCCUCUGUAGGGUUUAUUCAGCCAGUUAAUCUUCCACCUUCUUCCGUAAGAGCAAUGGAGACCCAGGAAAGCAGCCCUCCUACGUGUGUGCUGAAGGAGCAUGGUGGCACGCCCAGUGAGAGAAACCAAGGAGGACAUGCACUCCCCCAGGAAGCCAUCCUGGGUUCAAUGGUUAACAAGCCUUUCCGUCCACAGUCUUUGUCAAAGUAUUCCCGUCAUUACAGUCCAGAAGAUGGACAGGGUCUCGAGGUGAAACCUAUAGCUGCUUACAAAGUGGUUUCUCAGACAAACAGACAGGCUAUAGCAGGAUCCGUCUCUAUUGCUUCUCUGUCUUCCAGGACUACGGAGCUGCCUAGUGGGGAUCCUUUUGCUUCAGCACCCUUUCCUUCCAAAUCAGGAAAGCAAAAGCCUUAAUCUGCUGUGAGCUGGGAGGUGUGCUUCUGCCAGAACCAUCUCUCAUAGGACCUUGAACCUUUUAGUUGAAUUGAACAACAUAGCAAUAUAUAUAUAUAUAUAUAUAUAUAUAUAUAUAUAUAUAUAUAUAUAUAUAUUUCCCCCUCCCUUUUUGUCAGAAUUUUAUUUGCAGUGAUACAGAGUUGAACCAUUUUAAGUUAUGUUAGCUAGUCUGAAUGCCUGGCUCUCAGGAUCUUCAUAUCCUUUUCAGUUACUUCUUACCUCUCGCCUCUCACUGUCAUCCCUCUACCCCCCACCCUUAUUUUUAGAUGCUUUUCCAAACCAAUAGUGUUCUGUACUUUCUGGCUGUGGCUGGAGAAAUGCAUUAUAAGAUGAAUUACUGUGUUUAUUGAUUACAGAGCAAGUCAAGCAGGACUGGCUAGUGCUCUGGAAAGAAAACAAGGAAACUGUUUUACGGUUAAAAGGUUGUCGUGACUUCUUUCUCCCCAGUGGGAACUUCUGGAAGAGAUCAAGGUAGAAUAUUCCUGUUGCUGGUGAUGAUAGUUAACCUGGCAGCUGUAGCUUGAGAGUAGUUCUGUCAUGAAUUAUGUGCGUGUUGGUAGGUUAUAGGCACACCGAGCGUAAGCCGUGCAGUCGAUACUUGGUACGAGGUUUGUGUAGGAGCGUUGGCCUUGUGUGCAAAGUCUCCUCGCUCGCUGUGCUCUGUAACCUGUGGAGAUGCUUCUGCCCUCGGGCCUGUUUGGGAGCCCAGAGGAGCUGGUGGAAGGACUUACAGUGCCUUCAAUCGCUUGUCUUGCAAAAUGUCUCAGAUGCAUGAGUUGAAACUGUUACUGUUAUUUGGAAAAUCGAAAAAGAUCAGGAGGAACUUUAACUUUUACAUGUGUAUUUCCUGUCUGGUUUAUGCCAAAGUGUAGGACCCUGAAAUGUUGCCUGUGGUGUUGUGAAGGAGAGCGCUAUGCGUUGUUACAGUAUUAAAAUAGACCCUAUGGAAAAGUAUGUUAUGGAAACAACUUGAUAGAGGUCCUCAUCCUACAUACCUCAUUUGGUGUAGUUCAGCAUUGGCUGCAAUCCAGUUACACUGAUUUAUACUAGCAGAGAACUUGACUCUAUAUUUAUAGAACCUGCCUUUGGUUUUUCUGUCGAUUAAGAUGAAUCUAAACAAAAUCUACUUGCACUCCAUUUGGUAAUGUUUGCUUUACUCUAGAAAUACUCUACUUCCUGCCAUGCUCCUAAAGACACCUGCUUGUUAUCACUUCUGUCACUGAUGUGAUGAACCCCAAGAUUGUGUUUGGAGGAAACAUAGUCCUGAAGGUUUUCUCCAACUAUUUGUCACGGGCUGGUAGCUGGGCUGAAGCGAAGCAGACUUUGCGCCUAUCCCUUUUUGGUGGUGUAAGAUAGAGAGAAGGGAGUGAAUCCUCCCCUCUUCCUUUUUCAAAACCCCUUGUAGCAUAAGGUGUCUUGAAACUGCUAUUUCUGGCCAGCAAAUGCAAUACAUAAGUGUGGACUGACUUUCAAAAUACCCAGAUAUAGGGACUUUGGGGGCUCACAGUUGCUGAUGAGCCUUUGCCAUGUAGUAUUGUUUUCUCUGUCAGUGCUGCAGAACAUCUCCCAGGAAAAUCUUGGUGGUCAUUUUAUUUUUAAGGGCUUGACGUCUAUGGAAGAACUCCUAUUGCUGUUGUAGUUUCUCGACAAGUCUCUUAAAAGCCUUGCUGUGGCUGUUUCCACUGUGAAUUUGAUUGUUGUUAUGCAAACUGGAGCCUUGCAGUGAAGACCAAGGACACAUUAUGCCUUUGGAAGUGACUUUGAGCAUUCUGGGCUUUCACAGGGGAAUUCUUGGCAAUGGGUAGGCUGUGGAGAUCAGUUCUGGCUGUCUAUGGAGCAGGUUUGUCUUGCCCUCUUUCUGAUGGGCUAGUGCUCAGAGAGAAAGCACUAUGAGAGUACUGUCAGGCUAAGGGAAGGAAGGGUCAGAGAUCAUGCAUCUAAAUUCACUGGUUUUGCACUAGUGAAAGCUUCUGCAGCUGAAAACAGAAUUCAGUCUAGUCUCGUGGGGAAAAAAGUGACACUACCUACGUUUAUGGCUUUGACUGGUCUGAUGCCCAAAUAACGGGCGUUAGAGGAUCUCAAUGGGCGUGUUAAAGAUGCAUCUGAAGUGUGCUCAGACAAAGCACAACAUUGCACGUGAAGGGGAAUGCAGUCUGGGGCUGACUCACUGCUGACUUCUAGGCUGAGCAGCAUAAGGGGAGGAUGGAUGGAAAAAUCCUGACCGCCAGGAGAUGACUAGCGGAGCAUGUGCAAAUCGGGCUUACCCUAUUGCAUAUAUAAGAUAUUGCACUAGUUGGUAUUUCCUUUCCAGUCCUCAAACUCUGUUCCUCUUCAAAAUCUCUCUCAACUGCAAGAGAUGAGCCAAAUGUUGCUGAUGGGCAUGCUCGACACUGGGAUUGCCUGAAAGUAAGAGAGAACUUGCAUUAAAGUCUUGAAAGCCGUGAGGGUAGGAAGGGCCAAUGUUUGAAAGCAAGGAGGCCAAGCUGGCCUGCACGGUUCAGUUGCUGGCUGACCUGCUGAGCCCAGAUCAGGUCACGUUGUAUGGAGCUGGUCUGCCACAUUUUGAGCUGGAGUUAGUGUCAGUACACAUUGGUAGUUUAGAGGGUUUUUCCUGUGCUCUUCUGUCACCAGCCGUGGAAAAUAGAAAGUAGUGUAAAGAUAUUUCUGGCUUUCUCCUGAGAAACUGCGUUUUAAUAAAUACCUGAAAGCAACUGACCAAAUAGGCUGCAGCCGGAUUGGAUCGAUGAGAGAUGCUGAGAAUGACAGUGAUACCAAACUGUGAAAUGCGAGGGGUACGAAGGAGACUGAGCUUGAGGGCCCCAGUUCAUUUCAACGUGCAGCCUGUGUCAUGGCCCCGCAUGCAGCCAGGAGCCAGGAUUUGGCCCCGAGCUGUCAGGUGCUCUUGGGGAGCUGAUGGAAGGCAGGUCAGACCUUGACAGCGCGCGGAUGAAUCUGUGGAGUCGGGAGAUGCUUCGCUGGAAUUAGCAGGUGCAGCAAGCAUGUAAAUAAGAUGUGUGUUCAAGAUAUUACCUCUGGUAACUGGAUUCAGCCUCUUCUUCCUUUCUUUCAUUUUUACUUGAAAAGUUGCUUUUGGAUAAUUCUGUGAAGCUUCAAAUGCCGCAAUCGUGUUUCACGUCCACUCCUUGGGUUGCUUGAAUUAGCAGAAAAAAAAAAAAAAAAAAAAAAAAACAUGGUUAAGGAAGCAAGAGGCAGUUCCCCUUCGCACUGCCGCGAGAGCUCCUUGCUCCUCUCUUCCCGCUGGUGCUGGCGAGGUGGAGAUGGAGCUGUGUGUAACUGGGACCUAGCCGUCGGACACUGCCCAGCAAGGGAGAAAGGGAGAAUGUGCUAACGAGCAGCUCGCUGUUAACAGCAAGCCAUUGAUUCAGGUCUGGUUAGACUGCAUUUCCAGCUAGCGUUUUGGCAGCUCACGUUCUUAAAGCACUUUACACAAAGAGCAAGCUAACCGUGCUCAGAAAAGCUAGUGAUCCUGCCAGCAUACAACUAGUGUUUAAAUGGUUUUAAGUUUACGGGGCGGGGAAGGGGGGAAGCAAGGAAGCUUGUUUGAAUCUUUACAUAUGACCUGUGAGACAAUGCAUCUUUAGCUUUAGUCAAACUUGAAUUUUAAUGCCACUUAAUCUAACUCAUUCUAAUUUCCAGCUUGUAUUCUGUCUAAUCCUACCUUGCCAGUGCUGCAGCUUUAGCGUGAUGAAUUAUAAACGGGGAUUUCAUUCCCAUAGCUUAUGAAGUUUACUGUUUGCAAUGCACUUGGAAGAACGAUGCUUAUUGGUUUCUUUGCCACGCAGUCAGGAAGGUUCUUCAAGUAACAGCAGUGUAGCCUAAGCUUGGCAUUUAAAAGUCAGUUUUCUGAGCAGACCCUCUGCUCUCAUCUUUUUAAAGCUGUACUAAACUUCUGCCUGCAGUCUCCUGGGAGCUCUGCAGCCCGGGUUCCUCGGAGACGUGGCUGGCCGGAGGUCGCGGUUAUCCCUUCUCGCUGCUGAGCAGUCGCUCCUGUGACAAUCUGAAUCUUGCACGGGGGAAGGGACCGGCUGUUCUGCAGCCAUUGCUGACUUCACCUCGCAUGCAGUUAACAUCCCGUCCCUUCUAAGGGAUUACUCGGAGUUUCUGCAUGCAAAAAAAAAAAAAAAAAAAAAAAAGAGAGAGAGAGAGAGAGAGACUGGCUUGGCUCUCUGUGCUUCACUGCUGAUACGUUUUUCCAGUGCAUGGGGGACCAGCUGCUGUCGUGUUAACCUGCCCUUCCCGUAGCCUGGCGCGGUGUUUUCAAGACUUUAACUGUAUCUCAUCUCCCCUCCAGCCAGCUCAGUGCUAUAGUCACGUGUGGUGAAGUGUUAGGUUUACAAUCGUAGCCUCUCGAAGCCAGCGCACACUCAAUCUGUAACGCCCGGUAUGCGUGGAGCACGUCGGAGAUACUAGGCUUGCAGCAACACAGCCGUGUAAGCAGGCUUGGCCCGCGGUGCCUGGAGCAUGCCUUUGGUCAGAUUUAAUCAAGCGAGGCUGAGAUCUGUGUAACUGCUAAACUCUCAAUCACUCCAAAGAGGUAAUUGGUUAUUUUAACUUAGCUUCCACCAAAGAGCAUUGCGUUGGGGAGUUGAAUUUCUUUUUCUUUUCUUUUUUCUUUUUCUUUUUCUUUUUUUUUUUUUUUUUUUUUUUUUUGUGUGUGUGUGGUGUAAAAUCAAGGCCUUUUUUGUACACCAAAAGACUCCAAAGCGUUUUUACAGCAGGCAUCUCGGCGGCGUAAUCUUGCUGCAGCUCUGAAACGCGUUCCUGAAAUGUGAUCAGCUGUUCAGUGUUCCUAAUAAUAAGCUGUGGCCUGUCAUUCCCAUCCUAUGUAGGGCAAAUCUUGUCAGGCGUGCCUAGACUACCACCCCCGCGAUGUUAGAGGGGUAACGAGUGAUCAGCUAUUUCCCCCUUUCAGACCCCCAUCCUCCCCCCCCAAAGGGAUAAGUAACUGUACGCAGGGGAGGGUUGGCUUUUUUGUUGUUGUUUUAAGCGUCUGCUUGUUCUGGGUGAGGAACUGGGAUUAGGAAAACACCAGUGGAUUCAGCCGGUGGGGAAUCGCUACCACCAAGUCCGACGCGGAGGAAACUCGCCGUCUCCGCCGAGCAGGAAGCCUGAGCUGGAAGCAGCCCCGUCCUCAGCUAACUGUGACAAACAAUCUCCGUGUGACUUUAGGUUGCAUGUCCUAAGACCGGUGUUUCAUUUGAACUGCGUUUUUGUUAGGGUAAUUCUUAGCGGUAUUGGAAAUACCUCCGACUUGCAGAUUAACGGAGUAAAGCAUUGCACUCCAGGCGUGAUCAUCUAUGUUUCUGAUUAUGAAGAAAUGUUCAAGUUGUAAACAUGUACAUUUUAUUAAAACCGUAUCUGAUUAAAAUGCA